CCCAGCAGCCUGGCCUGUGAGCGCUGAAAAACUUGUUGUUGUCAGGGAAAAUGGCGUCAAACGUAGAAGCCCCGGAGCGCUGGUACCUCGCCCUCCUCGGCUUCGCGGAGCAUUUCCGAACCUCCAGUCCGCCCAAAAUCCGCCUUUGCGUGCAUUGUCUCCAGGCUGUGUUCCAGUUCAAGCCGCCACAGAGGAUAGAGGCCCGCACGCAUCUUCAGCUGGGCUCGGUCCUCUACCACCACACCAAGAACAGCGAUCUGGCGCGUAGCCACCUGGAGAAAGCGUGGUACAUUUCCCAGCAAGUUCCUCAGUUCGAAGAUGUCAAGUUUGAGGCUGCAAGCAUCUUAUCAGAACUCUUCUGCCAACAGAAUUUGGUGGACUCUGCAAAACCUCUUCUGCGCAAGGCCAUCCAGAUUUCUCAACAAACACCAUAUUGGCACUGCAGGCUGUUGUUCCAGCUGGCGCAACUUCAUACACUGGAGAAGGACUUGGUGUCAGCGUGCGACCUGCUGGGCGUCGGAGCAGAGUACGCCCGCGUGGUGGGAUCGGAAUACACCAGGGCGUUGUUUCUCCUCAGUAAAGGCAUGUUGCUGCUAAUGGAGAGGAAGCUGGGCGAGGUUCAUCCCUUGCUCACCUUGUGUGGAACCAUCGUAGAGAACUGGCAGGGAAACCCUAUCCAGAAGGAGUCCCUCAGGGUCUUCUUCCUGGUUCUGCAAGUCACGCACUACCUGGACGCUGGACAGGUGAAGAGUGUGAAGCCGUGUCUGAAGCAGCUGCAGCAGUGCAUCCAGACCAUCUCGACGCUCCACGACGACGAGAUUCUUCCCAGCAACCCCGCCGACCUCUUUCAUUGGCUCCCAAAGGAGCACAUGUGUGUCCUUGUUUACCUGGUGACGGUGAUGCACUCCAUGCAGGCGGGUUACCUGGAGAAAGCACAGAAGUACACGGACAAAGCGCUAAUGCAACUAGAGAAAUUAAAAAUGUUAGACUGCAGCCCCAUCCUUUCUACCUUUCAAGUCAUUCUACUGGAGCAUAUCAUCAUGUGCAGGCUCGUCACUGGCCACAAGGCCACUGCGCUACAGGAGAUCUCGCAAGUGUGUCAGCUUUGCCAACAGUCUCCCAGGUUAUUCACCAACCACGCUGCCCAGCUCCACACUUUAUUAGGCCUCUACUGUAUCUCGGUGAACUGCAUGGAUAAUGCAGAGGCACAGUUUACCACGGCCUUGCGGCUCACCACACACCAGGAGCUGUGGACUUAUAUCGUCACCAAUUUGGCCAGCGUUUAUAUUCGGGAAGGCAACAGACACCAAGAGUUGUACAGCCUCCUGGAGAGGAUAAAUCCAGACCACAACUUCCCAGUAAGCUCACACUGCCUCCGCGCCGCUGCUUUCUACAUCCGGGGACUGCUGUCCUUCUUCCAAGGCCGCUACAAUGAAGCCAAACGCUUCUUGAGAGAAACCUUGAAGAUGUCUAACGCCGAGGACUUGAACAGACUGACUGCUUGCUCGCUGGUUCUGCUGGGCCACAUCUUCUAUGUGCUGGGCAACCACAGAGAAAGCAACAACAUGGUGGUACCGGCCAUGCAGCUGGCCAGCAAGAUCCCUGACAUGUCCGUGCAGCUUUGGUCCUCGGCGUUGUUGAAAGAUUUGAACAAGGCACUUGGGAACACCAUGGAUGCCCACGAAGCAGCUCAGAUGCACCAGAACUUCUCCCAGCAGCUGCUGCAGGACCACAUCGCCGCCUGUAGCCUCCCCGAGCACAACCUUAUCAGCUGGACUGACGGCCCUCCUCCUGUCCAGAUACAAGCCCAGAACGGUCCCACUACCAGUCUUGCAAGCCUGCUAUGAGGAAGACUGUGUGUAUGUGUGUGUUUGUGUGUGUGUGUAUGACUCACUGUGGGCGUGCAGCUGGUACAUUAUCACAACAUAGUCUAAGAAAGUCGGUAACCAGAUCGUUGUUGGUCAAGAUCUAAGUGAAUUUUUAAUUUCCCAAUUCACUACUAUCACAGUUUUAAUUUACUGUAAAUCAAUUACCACUACUGUCGUCAUCUGGUUGGGUCAGGGCGUGGAAUUUGGAUUGGAUUUCAAGUAGGGGUGGACCACUUGUCUUCUCUCACCUUGCAAUUGUAAAAACUAAUAGCAGAAUCAUCAUAAGAAGCUCCCAAACAUUUCACCCACAUGUGCUCUUAAUAUACCAUCACUAACGUUUGUUCAAAAGAUUUUAUAUAACAUGACAUAAAAGUUCUCCACCCCCUACCUAAGAGCUUCACGUCAACCAGAAAGCCCCCUCUACAUUUGCCAGCUUUCCUUUUUAUUAGCAAGGAAGACGGGGUGAUUGGUAGGAGGGUAGUAAAGAUGUAGAAAAAAAUUAAUUUAUUCAUAUUUUUGUAUCUGUUAAAUAUUUGACAUCAUGCUUUCAUUGUUUUGUUGUUGUAUGGAUGCCUUUGUUUCCAUUUGCAUGGAAGUUACUGAUGUUGAAUUCCUUGUACAUUAGUUUCUGACCUGGGUUUGCGACUAAGAUAUACUUGGUAGAUAUUUUUUGCACAAAAUCCAUAAUAGAGAAGUAAAAAGACCUCUUGUAAUAUAUUUUCACACAAAAUAAUCAGUUGGAAUGUUGCAUUUUUUUUGCUAAAUUAGAGUUAGGGUGCGUUUCUAAGAAAUUUCAGUGUUCAUGUAUGGAUCUGACAUCCUGCAGUGGUUUAUGUCAGUUUGUUUUCGCCACACCUUCCAUAAUAUAUUAAUUUUUACAAAUCAAGUUGUUUUUUUUAGUUAACCAUUUUUUUACAUACAUUUUUGUUACGCUCAAUUGGUCCCUAUUCGUUCUUCUCAAUUGUGUUCUUUGCAGACUGUGCUUAUGAAUUCACCACUCAUCCAACCUUUUAUUGUACAGUGACAUUUUAUAAAGUCAGUUUAGUAAAGUGUCAUGUAUUUUUAGCCCUAACGAUGUAGAGAUUUCAACGCUUGGUAUUUAUGACACUCAGUUUAUGACACAGUUUAAGCUUGAGUACUAGUUAUACUCUAUCAAUGCAUAUGUUUUUGAUGCUCAUGUUUUCAAUAAUUUUCCAAUAAAAAACAUGAAAUAAACA